AUGGGCGCCCUGAGGUGGCUUUUCUGGGCUGGGCUCUGCUACCUGAGCUGCUGCCGUCUGCCCGGGGUGCAGGCGCAGUUCCCCCGCGCCUGCAUGACGGUGGAUGCUCUUCGCUUGAAGCGCUGCUGCCCGGCCUUGGGGACGGAGCCAGGCAAUGUCUGUGGGUCUCUGCAGGGCAGGGGACAGUGUCAGGGGGUGCAGGUGGACACUCAGCCAUGGAGUGGCCCCUACACCCUUCGAAAUGUGGAUGACCGGGAACGGUGGCCCCUCAAGUUCUUCAACCAGAGCUGUUGGUGCACAGGAAACUUUGCUGGCUAUAACUGUGGUGACUGCAAGUUUGGCUGGACUGGCCCUGACUGCAACGUGAGGAAGCCACCAGUUGUCAGGAAGGAUGUCCACUCCCUGACGGCAGAGGAGAGGGAGCAGUUCUUCGACGCUCUAGACCGUGCAAAGACAACCAUUCACCCAGACUACGUAAUUGCAACUCAGCACUGGAUAAGUCUGCUUGGCCCCACCGGAGAGGAACCGCAAAUUGCCAACUGUAGUAUUUAUAACUACUUUGUAUGGCUUCAUUACUACUCAGUCAGAGACACGCUAUUAGGACCUGGCCACCCCUUCACAGGUAUCGAUUUCUCCCAUCAAGGACCUGCCUUCGUUACUUGGCAUAGGUACCAUUUGCUGUUGCUGGAGAGAGACCUGCAGCGCCUGAUAGGCAACGACUCCUUCGCGCUGCCCUACUGGAACUUCGCCACGGGUAGAAACGAGUGCGACAUCUGCACGGACCAGCUCUUCGGAGCAUCGCGGCUGGACGACCCGGGGCUGAUCAGCCUGAGCUCCAGGUUCUCCCAGUGGCAAAUAGUUUGUAACAGCUUGGAUGACUACAACCGCCUGGUCACGCUGUGCAAUGGGAGUGAUGAAGGGCCCCUGUGGCGGAGGCCGCCCCGGGGCUCCAGCGAGCGGCUGCCCACCGCGGAGGACGUCAGGAGGUGCCUUUCCCUGCAGGAGUUCGACAGCCCCCCCUUUUUCCGCAAUUCCAAUUUCAGUUUCAGGAAUGCGCUGGAGGGCUUCGAUAAACCAGGUGGAGUCCUUAACUCACCGAUGCUGAGCCUUCAUAAUUUGGCUCACUCUUUCCUGAAUGGGACCAGCGCUCUCCCUCACUCAGCUGCCAACGAUCCCAUCUUCGUGGUAUAGCUUAAUAAAUAUGCGUGCCCAUGCCUGGAUUUGCAGGUUCUUGACGAUGCUUGGCCUGAGGAGCUGGCCCCCAUCGGUCACAACAGGCUGUAUAACAUGGUCCCUUUUUUCCCUCCUGUGACCAACAACGAGCUUUUCCAAACUGCGGAGCAGCUUGGCUACACCUAUGCCAUUGACCUGCCAGAUUCACUUGAAGAAACCCAAGCGUGGGCUGUCAUGGUCGGAUCCACAAUUGGAGGGGCACUUAUAGCUCUGGCUGUGCUCGUUCUGCUGCUUGUACUUUUCCAGCGCCGAAGGCAGAGAAGAGGUUUUGAACCACUGAUGAAUGUGAGCUUCAGCCCCAAAAAGUACAUGGAAGAGGCCUAG